AUGGAAGAAGAUGAAGAGACAGAUGUGAGCGGUGAUGUGCAGUAUAAGGAGCACAUUCCUACAGGUAACCGGCCAGCCGUGGCCACGCCCCCUCGUGCUGUCAUGCCACAACCACUGCGCCAGGAAUCUGGACCAUUUUCAUGUCCAGAAUGUGGGAAAUGUUUUACUGACAAAUCAUAUCUUGUUCAACAUCAAAGAACUCACACAGGGGAGAAGCCAUUUUCAUGUCCAGAAUGUGGGAAAUGUUUUCCUUUUAAAUCAGGUCUUGUUGUACAUCAAAAAACUCACACAGGAGAGAAGCCAUUUUCAUGUCCAGAAUGUGGGAAAUGUUUUCCUUUUAAAUCAAAUCUUAUUCAACAUCAAAGAACUCACACAGGAGAGAAGCCAUUUUCAUGUGCAGAAUGUGGGAAAUGUUUUUCUGAUAAAUCAAGUCUUAUUCAACAUCAAAGAACUCACACAGGGGAGAAGCCAUUUUCAUGUGCAGAAUGUGGGAAAUGUUAUACUGUGAAAUCAAGUCUUGUUCAACAUCAAAUAACUCACACAGGGGAGAAGCCAUUUUCAUGUUCUAAAUGUGGGAAAUGUUUUACUCAGCAGGGGCAUCUUGUUGAACAUCAGAAAAUUCACACUGGAGAGAAACCAUUUUUAUGUUCAAAAUGUGGUAAAUGUUUUAUUCAGAAAUCAGUUCUUGUUCAACAUCAAAGAACUCACACAGGGGAGAAGCCAUUUUCAUGUUCACAAUGUGGCAACUGCUUUACUAGGAAAUCAAAUCUUGUUCAACAUCAAAGAACUCACACAGGGGAGAAGCCAUUUUCAUGUUCAGAAUGUGGGAAAUGUUUUACUGAAAAAUCAGGUCUUGUUCAACAUCAAAGAACUCACACAGGGGAGAAGCCAUUUUCAUGUUCACAAUGUGGGAACUGCUUUACUAAGAAAUCAAAUAUUGUUAAACAUCAAAGAACUCACACAGGAGAGAAGCCAUUUUCAUGUUCAGAAUGUGGGAAAUGUUUUACUUGCAAAGGAGAUGUUACUCGACAUCAAAGAACUCACACAGGAGAGAAGCCAUUUUCAUGUUCAGAAUGUGGGAAAUGUUUUACUGAAAAAUCUAAUCUUCUUAAACAUCAGAAAACUCACACAGGAGAGAAUGCAUUUUCAUGCUCAGAAUGUGGGAAAAGUUUUACUGAGAAAUCACAUCUUGUUCAACAUCAAAAAACUCACACAGGAGAGAAGCCAUUUUCAUGCUCAGAGUGUGGGAAAUGUUUCACUGACAAAUCAGGUCUUGUUAAACAUCAAAGAACUCACACAGGGGAGAAGCCAUUUUCAUGUGCAGAAUGUGGGAAAUGUUUUACUCAGCAAUCACAUCUUACGGAGCAUCAAAGAAUUCACACAGGGGAUAAUCCAUAUUCAUGCUCAGAAUGCGGGAAAUGUUUUAUUAAGAAAUCACAUCUUGUUCAACAUAAAAGAACUCACACAGGGGAGAAGCCAUUUUCAUGUUCAGUAUGUGGAAAAUGUUUUAAUGACAAAUCAAUUCUUGUUCAACAUCAAAGAACUCACACAGGGGAAAAGCCAUUUUCAUGUUCAGAAUGUGGGAAAUGUUUUACUUCGAAAUCAGGUGUUACUCGACAUGAAAGAACUCACACAGCGGAGAAACUAUUUUCAUGUUCAGAAUGUGAGAAAUGUUUUACUAAUGAAUCAGGUCUUGUUGUACAUCAAAGAACUCACACAGGGGUGAAGCCAUUUUCAUGUUCAGAAUGUGAGAAAUGUUUUACUAAUGAAUCAGGUCUUGUUGUACAUCAAAGAACUCACACAGGGGUGAAGCCAUUUUCAUGUUCAGAAUGUGGAAAAUGUUUUCCUGGGAAAAAAAAUCUUGUUCAACAUCAAAGCACUCACAGGACGGACAAGCUAUUUUCAUGUUCAGAAUGUGAGAAAAGUUUUACUAAUAAAACAGGUCUUGUUGUACAUCAAAGAACUCACACAGGGGAGAAGCCAUUUUUAUGUUCACAAUGUGGGAAAUGUUUUACUUGGAAAUCAGAUGUUACUCGACAUCAAAGAACUCACACAGGGGAGAGACCAUAUUCAUGUUCAGAAUGUAGAAAGUGUUUUCCUGACAAAUCAAGUCUUCUUAGACAUCAAAGAACUCACACAGGGGAGAAGCCAUUUUCAUGUUUAGAAUGUGGUAAAUGUUUUACUCGGAAAUCAGACCUUGUUGUACAUCAAAGAACUCACACAGGGGAGAAACCAUAUUCAUGCUCAGAAUGUGGGAAAUGUUUUACUUUUAAAUCAGGUCUUGUUACACAUCAGAGAUAUCACACAGGAGAGAAGCCAUUUUCAUGUUCAGAAUGUGGAAAACGUUUUCCUUAUAAAUCACAGCUUGAUAAUCAUCAGAAAAUUCACACAGGGGAGAAACCAUUUUCAUGUUUAGAAUGUGGGAAAUGUGUUACUUCUAAAUCAAAUCUUGUUGAACAUGAAAGAACUCACACAGGAGAGAAACCAUGUAAAUGUUCAGAAUGUGGAAAAGGUUUUACUUUGAAGUCAAAUCUUUCUAGACAUCAAAGAAUUCAUAGUGGAGAGAAGCCAUUUUCAUGUUCAGAAUGUGGAAAACGUUUUCCUUCUAAAUCAAAGCUUGAUAAUCAUCAGAAAAUUCACACAGGGGAGAAACCAUUUUCAUGUUUAGAAUGUGGGAAAUGUUUUACUUCUAAAUCAAAUCUAGUUGAACAUCAAAGAACUCACACAGGAGAGAAACCAUUUUCAUGUUCAGAAUGUGGGAAAUGUUUUACUCAGAAAUCAAGUUUUGUUGUACAUAAAAAAACUCACACAGAGGAGAAACCAUUUUGCUGUGCAGAGUGUGGGAAAUGUUUUAUAUUGAAAUCACAACUUGUUCAACAUCAAAGAACUCACACAGGAGAGAAGCCAUUUUCAUGUUCAAAAUGCGGGAAAUGUUUUACUCGGAAAUUAGGUCUUCUUCAACAUCAAAGAACUCACACAGGAGAGAAGCCAUUUUCAUGCUUAGAAUGUAGAAAAUGUUUUACUCGGCAUUCAUAUCUUGUUCAACAUCAAAGAACUCACACAGGGGAGAAGUCAACUCAGAGCAAUAAAUGAUGCAGAAAACACAUCUAUAUAUUAAAGGGGUACUCCUCCCCUGGAUAUCUUAUCCCCUAUCCAAGGAUGGAGAUAAGAUAUCUGAUUGCAGGGGUCCCGCUGCUGGGGACCCCCGCGAUCUCUCCUGCAGCCCCCCGAGUCAUCAGCUC